UUGAAUUGAAUGACAAAAGCGUUGAUCGUUUGCUGAGACGAAGAGAUCACCGCCGAAGACACGACACACCACUCACUGUCUUACUGUCCGCACGAUAUGUCCACCUCUUCGGGCAAUAGUCCGCAUCGGUUCAGCGGAUCCGUCGACGCCUUCUACGACCCGGACUUCACGGCCGACAUCUCCAAGAAGAUGAGGGUUCCCGAGAAGAUCAUGAUUGAGACCAACAGCCACUACAACCACUUCGACGACCCGGCCAUCAUCGCCGCCAAGAGUCAGGGCUCCGAUCGGCCCAAUUGGAUGACCGUUCCCGAGAGGAUACUCGUCAUGGGUAACGACAGCCACAUGUCUGGUCGGGAACCGCUACCGGAGCUCAAGCUGGAGAACUCGAUGCUCGGCAUGAGUCCGGACUUCACGCGCAACGAGUCGUCGCCCAUUCAGCUGACAACCCCUCCCCACACACUGAGUCUCGGUGACCACCAGUUCCCCGGUGUCGGUGAC